AUGCCGGAGCGUGAGUGUAGUUCGUACAAAACCUCCUACACCAAGCGAGAAAAUUGGUUCUUCAACCCUCCUGUUUCCUUCACUCCUUCUAUAAGUGGUGGGAGUGUCACUGCAUCUUACUGCGCAAACGCGUGUAACACGCGGUCGGACUUUUUCUGUGUUGCAUACUACUACAGAAAGAGUACAGGUGGAUAUUGUAUCCUACGACCCAUGCGAGUACAUGAUAACACAAACCACCUACAGUACGACAAUGCCCAUUCGAGUUGGGACGAAUAUAUUCGGAACUGUGAAAUUCCCUGUCCUGACCCACCAUAUGUAGCCUACACAUCUGUGUCAGGAACAGGAUCAUCCAGAUCAUACACGUGUGAUGUAGGAGCUAUUCUUGUAUCGGGAGACAACCCAGCUACAUCUACCUGCACGAAUGGUGUCUGGUCAAGUGUGAACAUUCAAUGCACAAAGUGCAGUUCGUACAAAACCUCCUACACCAAGCGAGAAAAUUGGUACUUCAACCCUCCUGUUUCCUUCACUCCUUCUAUAAGUGGUGGGAGUGUCACUGCAUCUUACUGCGCAAACGCGUGUAACACGCGGUCGGACUUUUUCUGUGUUGCAUACUACUACAGAAAGAGUACAGGUGGAUAUUGUAUCCUACGACCCAUGCGAGUACAUGAUAACACAAACCACCUACAGUACGACAAUGCCCAUUCGAGUUGGGACGAAUAUAUUCGGAACUGUGAUUGAUACGUUAAUACGAGAGGAGACCAGAGAACUGGAACAACGUGUCAGAAAGCAUCAGGCCAAGCGUUGGAAUUGUCAUUAAUAUACAUAUAUAUAUUGAUUCACCUUAAUAUACCUAGAUCACUUUUCGUUCAGACUCUCUUAACAUUUGAAAUGCAAGUCUUAAGAUCUC